GCCGCUCCUCCCGCCGCCCCUCCCGGCUGCCCCCGGCCCGCCUGAAUGGGGCAGAUACAAGAUGGCGGCGAACGCGAACUCGGCCGGAGGCGGCGGCGGCCUCUCGCUCUUCGAAUGCCCCAGCUGGGCAGGAAAACCUCCACCUGGCUUACAUUUGGAUGUAGUCAAAGGAGACAAACUCAUUGAGAAACUCAUCAUUGAUGAGAAGAAAUAUUAUCUCUUUGGGAGAAAUCCUGAUCUGUGCGAUUUUACCAUUGACCACCAGUCUUGCUCUCGGGUCCAUGCUGCCUUGGUCUAUCACAAACAUCUCAAGAGGGUCUUCCUCAUAGAUCUAAACAGCACACAUGGCACGUUUUUGGGUCAUAUCCGUUUGGAAGCUCACAAACCCCAACAGAUACCCAUUGAUUCCACAGUUUCAUUUGGUGCUUCUACACGGGCAUAUACUCUGCGAGAGAAGCCUCAGACUCUGCCUUCAGCAGUUAAAGGAGAUGAGAAAAUGGGUGGUGAAGAUGAAGAGCUCAAGGGUUUGCUGGGCCUGCCAGAAGAGGAGACAGAGCUUGACAACCUGACAGAGUUUAAUACAGCCCACAACAAAAGAAUUUCCACACUAACCAUAGAGGAAGGGAACUUGGAUAUUCAGAGACCAAAGAGAAAACGGAAGAAUUCCAGAGUGACAUUCAGUGAUGAUGAUGAAAUCAUCAAUCCAGAGGACGUGGACCCUUCUGUUGGGCGUUUCAGGAACAUGGUACAGACAGCAGUGGUCCCUGUUAAGAAAAAACGGUUGGACAAUCCGGGCUCACUGACCACGGAUGACUCUGCGACACGGCGUAUGCAGAACUUCCCCUACAGCGGAGGAUUAUAUGGGGGUCUGCCUCCAACCCACAAUGAGGCAGGUUCCCAGUCACACGGCGUCCAUGGGACAGCACUCAUUGGUGGUCUGCCAAUGCCCUACCCCAAUCUUGCCCCAGAUGUGGACUUGACUCCUGUUGUACCUUCAACAGUUAACAUGAACCCAGCUCCAAAUCCUGCUGUCUUUAAUCCUGAAGCUGUGAAUGAACCCAAGAAGAAGAAAUAUGCAAAGGAGGCAUGGCCGGGCAAGAAGCCAACCCCUUCCCUGCUGAUCUGAGUUAGGGUUUGAUGAGGGAGGAUGGGAGUUACGAACUCCAGAAACUGUUUAUGUGUAGUAUUGUCCUUUUGCAAUUUUAAUGUCCUAACCAGAUGUAAUACGGAGGUUGGAGAAGCGAAAUAAUCCUUUAAAGAUCUGUCUUCAAACAUUUUUAUAACUGUUUAAAAAAAGACAACGACAAUAUAGCUACCAUCUCCCUCUGAACCAAAAUAUAUGGCAGCCUUUUCUUAGCCUCUAUCCCCAAAGGUCUUUACUAUGAAUUUUCAUCAUAUAAGUUGAAGGGGCAGAAUCACACAGUUUAGGUUGUCAUUUAUGGCAUGACCCUGCAAAUGUGUCUAUUUAGGUGUUGUGCUUACUAUGAGUAAUGUCGUUCUUGCCAGGCUUGCUCAUAGCAGGUCAGCUGUAUCAGAAGUCGAUAUUCUUGGGGCCAGGCCUUCCAGAAAUCCCACUGGUCUGAGUUCUAAAACUGCAAAAUACAGGCCAGCUUUUAUUUUUUAUCUUUUCAAAGCCUUACCCGCAUGGGGCAUCUCUUUUUUUUUUCUUUUUUUUCUUCCUACUUCGGCUACAACUCGUUUUAAUUUCCACCUAAAGCACUGCAGCAUCACGUGAGUUCGUGAGAACUUGGGAGUUGAGAUGAAUGGGGAACCUCUGGGCUUCUUGAGCUGUGGUGCAGUGUUGUAUCACAGACUGCUGUGUGGCUGGAUAGAGGGGCACCCAUGGAUGGAUCUGAGUUUGUAUGGGUGUUUAUGGCAGCAAACAAGCAUGGCAAGCCUGGGAGCAUUUGACUGGUGGCUGGAAACUGUCUACAGUGUGCAAAGAAUCAACAACAAGGUAGUGGUAACUGAAGGUAGAGUUAACACAGAGGAAGAUACUUUUUUAAACUUGGUGGCCCUUUUAACUUCAGUAGUUUCAUUUUUACUUGCUAAUGGCAUUUCUGAGCUUAGAGCACAUGGCAUGCAACAAGGCACAGCUGAACAUGAGCAGCCAUCAGUAGUGGUGCAGGACUCAUGUUUAACAACUAAAGCUGCAGUCUGCACGGUGUUUUGGCUGCUGGUAACAGAAGAUAAGAAUUACGUGCCACCUAAAGCUAGAAUAGGAAUUCUCAGUAGAGAUUCUGCCUCACCCUGAAUAAAGAAGCAUGCCAAGUUCAAGUUGGUUUCAUGACAUGAGCUUUUUUCCUUUUUUUAUUUUUAUUUUUAACUAUUUCAUCAUUUUUCCCCAUUGAGUAAAACGAGAAGUGAGAUUUGGGUUGUUUUUUCCAGCCUAUGAAAUCCUCAGUUUUAGAUUUGAAAAUCUGAUUCAGAUUUACUCAGAUUGUAUGCCUUUACACAAGGUAAGGCCAGAGCCCUUUUGGUUUUUUCUUCUUGGAUUUCUUUUGUAUUUUAACACUAUAUAUUGCAGUUCAGCUAUGUAGUCACAUUCCUUUGUCUGGGGGAUUCCUCUAGGAAAUGUGCACUGAAAUGACAGUGGUGCCAGCUGUUCAUUAGUAUGUACAGUGCUGUAGCUGCCAGGCUAAGAAUUUCUGUGAAAAUAUGAUGGUUUCUGAAGCAGUGCUAUUUUGUAGUGCCUCUGUGCUGUAGGCACUUGACUUGUUUUGGACAGGUGCUUCAAAAUCAGUGUGACUUGUGCAUCUGCAGUGAUUGCAUCUAUCAUGGUGUUGAGGCAAUUAGAGCUAGUGGCUACCCCACCCAUAGGAGUGAUGCCUUUAGAGACUGGUUUGUUCCCCUCCAUGCCUUCAUGUCCAGCUCAGACUAUUCCUCUGAUGAACACGGUAACUUCUCCAUGAUAUAGUUGUGCCACUCUGUGCUUAGUUGCUAUUGAACAUGAGACAUUCUUCUUUCAGACACUUCCUACCCUCCCUAAAAAUCUCACACUUCAUUUUUGCUUAUUUCCAGGAUGUAGAGUUUUCUGUUUCCAGCCAGUCUGUUUUACGAAGGCAACUCUUUACAGUAAGACUAGUUAGAGCAAGUAAGCAUUGAACAGGUCAUCUUUUAUUUUAUUUUAUUUUUUCUUUUUAAUUUUUCAUUGUUUGGUUUUGCCAGUGGCUCUUUGCAAGAUCUUUCUUGAAAAGGGAAGCUUUACUGCUUAUUGGUUUUUAAAGCUCUUCUCCUCCCUGGGUUUGUACAAGCUCUCAUUAUUUCAGAGCUUAGCGGCCAUAGCUGGCCAGUACAGGAGGGGACAGUGUAACAUCCAGGGGCUUUGUACAGAAGUUUGUACACUUGUGUAAUAUGUAAUAGGCCUUUUCACACUUUCUGUUGAGCUUUUUACCUGUAACCUUUACUAUGUUGUAAAUUAAAUGCAGAUUUUGCCAGUAUGGAGAGUGUAGUGUGUU